UCAACAUUAAAUUGGCAUUGACAGCUGGCAUAGGAGAAAAAACGCCACAAGCUUGAGUUUUUGAGUUUGAUCGACGAAGAAUUGCAUUCCAACAAACAAAAAGUAUAGCGUUCCGGAAAAUUCUCGAUUGCGUACAAAAUACGGGUGAAGGUUUUUGCAAAACAAGGCAAAACAACAAAUAUCGUAAACAAACAAAUUGUGCAUUAGAUUUGCGUUGAGCAAAUUAAACAAAUCGUAUUAGUGCAAAACGAAAUCUUAAAAACAAUUUGCGACAUGGAUGAAUCACGCGAAGAGAACCAAUUCAUUGUAGAUGAUGUAAGCAAAAUCAUCAAGGAAGCUAUCGAGAGUACCAUUGGUGGCAACGCCUACCAGCACGACAAGGUAAACAAUUGGACCGGCCAGGUGGUGGAGAAUUGUCUCAGUAUGCUGACCAAGGAGCAAAAGCCCUACAAAUACAUAGUCACCUCCAUGAUAAUGCAAAAAAAUGGUGCCGGCCUACAUACAGCUAGUUCAUGUUAUUGGAACAAUGACACCGAUGGCAGCUGCACAGUGCGCUGGGAGAACAAGACAAUGUACUGUAUUGUGUCGGUCUUUGGUUUGGCUGUAUAAGCAAAAUUUGAUAGUAUGUUAAUUAUCCUUUAUUUUUAAGUUUUUUUACGAAACACUUUCAAGUCGAUUCUGUUUAAGUAGCGGAAAAUCAAUGAAUCAAUAAUAACAACUAUGCAACAUUGAAAAUGGGGAGGGAUGGAGAGACUCUUUGUAGAAAUCCAAUUUUAUUUUCCAAAAAAGAACAAACCGUUAAUUUUCCAAACAAAAUUGUUGAAAGUGAUUGUAAACAGUCAACUUUGAAAUAUAUUAAAAAACCUAAACCAAAAUUGUUUGGCAAAUUUAAACUUAUCAUUUUUUUUAGCUUAAAUUAGCAGAGCAAACAAAAAUCACUCAAAAAUAUCAAUAAACACCCAAGCUACUAUCAUUCAAUGCUGUUACAGCAAUAAAAACAUCACAAGACAACAACAACUUACAAAGUAGUGGCUUUGUUUUACACUUAUGCAAAAGAAUAAAUAAAUAUUGGAAAUUCAAAUUAUCUCUAAUUAUAGUAGUUUAUAAAUAAAUAAACAGAAAAAGAAAACAUAAAUGCGAAUAUAUGAGAAUAUAAAAUGUAUUUUUGUAAUGUAAAAAAUAAAAAUCUAUAAUUAUAAUAGACUU